UUUUUUUCCCAACUUGUUCUGUUUUAAAUUCAAAUUAUAAUCGCCGGGGAUGGAAUUUAACUGCCUUUAAUUUACAUGAAGCGCACAGGCGGACCGCGGACGCUGCAGACAACAUGUUUACGCACGGCGCAGAUCGGACUUUUUUCUACCACCAACCAGCUCUGGAUUUAUCUGCUUAUUUUCCAUCACAUUUGAAUUUCUUCGGACCCAGCCCUAGCAUCGCCAAUCCGCUUCCCUCUUGGAGAGAGUGGACCAAUCAGCGACCGUCUUUGAUGAAUAUUCAUGAGUCCGAGAUUCAAACCUUUGAGCGAGUUUGUCUUGGACCACAGCAUCAUACCUGGGAGUUUUUACGGAGACAAACUGCAUUUUCUUAUGAAUGGAAAGAGAAAAAAUCAGUUCGGCUUAAAUUGGGACCCAUCCCUCACUGAGAUCAUAGGAGGUAAACAACAAAAGCCAGAGAAGGGCAACAGCCAGAAGAGAUGACAAUGACUACAAUACCAGAAAGUCUUAAUAGCCCUGCCUCAGGAAAAACCGUUUUCAUGGAGUUUGGACCCACAAGUCAACAAAUGUCGCCUUCCUCCAUGACUCACGGACACUAUCCCAUGCACUGUUUACAUUCUGCAGGUCACAGCCAGCACGACAGCUACAGCCCGACCUCGUCCUUCCCCAGAUCUCUGGCUUAUCCAUACGUCAACUCGGUGGGCAGCCAUUCCAGCAGUCCGUAUCUCAGCACAGUACAGACUUACCAAAACAGCUCCACGCUCACACAGACGCGUUUAGAGGACGCAGCGCCAGAAGCGGAGAAAAACACGGUGGUGGAAGGCGGAGAGGUGCGCUUCAACGGCAAAGGAAAAAAGAUUAGAAAGCCAAGGACUAUCUAUUCCAGUUUACAGCUCCAAGCGCUCAACAGAAGAUUUCAACAAACGCAGUAUUUGGCGUUACCGGAGAGAGCGGAGCUGGCGGCGUCGCUGGGGCUCACUCAGACACAGGUGAAAAUUUGGUUCCAAAACAAGAGGUCCAAAUUCAAGAAACUGAUGAAGCAAGGCGGCGGCACGAUCGACACCAACGCUCUGUCCGGUGGCCGCGGACUUCCCAGCGGCUCUCCCUCGGUGGCACCUGUGUGGACCACCCCGACCACCGUGAAGACCUCAGUGGGGACAACAGGGUCUUACAUUCCUAGCUACACAUCAUGGUAUCCAGCCACGCACCAAGAGUCUAUGCAACAGUCACAGCUCAUGUGAAGUCAGACUUCAGCCCUGCCAUGGCUCGUAAAACAAGAAGGGAAAAGGGGCCGCGCCGCGCCGUGGCUCCACACUGCUAAAUGCGCAAAUCCAAGGGUUUGCGGCUGAGACAUCGGCCAACUCAUACGGAUGACUGCAUGCAGUGAAGAAGAAGAAGGAGGCUGAGAGACUGAAAUGGCACUCCAUGCGCCCAGGGGCAAGAAGCCCCUUUGGAGAAGGUCCAGACAAAUGGAUUCCUUUUUUGGCUGCUGUUUAUUUUUGUGACAUUUCUUUUCUUUUCUUUUCUUUUUUUUUAAUUUGUGAGAGUACUUCUGUUGUUGAGUUAUACGUGUCUGUGAGUGAAAUUCUGCAGAAACAACGAGUUAUUGGGCCCAAAAAUGAUUAGAAUAAUCUGUAUUGCUUAAAAGUCAAUUAAGGGUAUUUGUGGAACCAAAUAUUCGGCAGUUAUGCAGCACAUCAAAGCAGAGAGCAAUUGUGCAAAGCCUCAAAUGUUGUCUAUGUGUUUGUUAUUUAAGUUAAAUUAAAUUAUUCAGUCCUUCUGUGUUCAUUUGUACAUGUGUUUGAAAUAAUAAUGCUGCUCUGACGCAAGCUUUUCUCUGCCGAUGUUAUGUGAAAAUAUAACAGACCUGCUUAAAAAAUAGCCUGAGGAUGAACGUUUGUCACUGUAUUUUGUACAAAAUAGUCCAUUUCCCCCCCACAUUUGUGCUGUACUGGAUACCAUGUGAAACAGGCUCUUUCUGUAUUCGUCCAGAUGUGUUUAGUCCACAUAGAAAUAUUUAGUUUUGUAUUAAUUUAUUUCUCUGUUUCUGAAGUUUAAUGUACAUAAUGUGAAAACUUUCAAAACCAAGUAAAA